GACCCCUCGCCUAACCUUUACUAGCACACUAAAUUUCUUCUAACCACCACCCACACUCUGACCCUAAUAAGCCCACGUCACAAAUCCUACAAAGACAAGACGAAUAGACAAUAUCUUGACAACUGUAAACUGCAGAGUCAACGGAUAUUGUGCAACCACUUACAGGUCAAAUCAUUCAUAAAGGUCGAAUUGUCUCAGUGGUUUUGUCUCAUUAUCCGCCAAUAUGAGUGACGCUCAGGCAAAUGAGGCCGAGAAGAAUAUCGAGAUAUGGAAGGUGAAAAAAUUGAUUAAGCGCCUCGAAGCUGCGCGUGGAAAUGGAACCUCCAUGAUUUCUCUUAUCAUUCCGCCAAAGGAUCAGGUCUCCCGUGCGGCGAAGAUGUUGGCAGAAGAAUACGGUACCGCAUCGAACAUCAAGUCUCGUGUGAAUCGACAAUCCGUUCUUUCUGCCAUCACGUCUACCCAACAAAGACUGAAGUUGUAUAAUAAGGUCCCGCCCAAUGGCUUGGUUGUGUACUGUGGUGAAAUUUUGACAUCAGAAGGAAAGGAAAGAAAGGUCAACAUCGAUUUCGAGCCCUUCAAGCCCAUCAACACAUCUCUCUACCUUUGCGACAACAAAUUCCACACGGAGGCUCUUGCUGAAUUGUUGGAGUCUGACCAGAAGUUCGGCUUCAUCAUUAUGGACGGAAAUGGCGCACUCUUCGGUACCUUGAGUGGAAACACCAGAGACGUUGUUCACAAAUUUUCUGUCGAUUUACCAAAGAAGCACGGUCGUGGUGGACAAUCUGCCCUUCGUUUCGCGCGUCUUCGUGAGGAAAAGCGUCACAACUACGUCAGAAAGGUUGCCGAAUUGGCUGUACAGAAUUUCAUUACAGCAGAUAAGGUCAAUGUAGCUGGUAUUAUCUUGGCUGGUUCUGCCGAUUUCAAGAAUGAUCUCAACCAGUCCGAUUUGUUUGACAACCGUUUGGCCACAAAGGUUAUUAAGGUUGUUGAUGUUUCUUAUGGUGGUGAGAACGGAUUCAAUCAGGCUAUUGAGCUUUCAGCCGAGACACUUAGCAACGUCAAAUUCAUCCAGGAGAAGAAGCUUAUUGGAAAGUACUUUGAGGAGAUCAGUCAAGACACAGGACGAGUUUGUUAUGGUGUUGAGGAUACUCUGAAGGCUUUGGAACUAGGUGCUGUUGAGGUUUUGAUCGUUUUUGAGAACCUCGAGAUCAACCGUUGGGUGUUGAAAGAUAGCAAUGGCGUUCAAACAAUUCUUCAUACUACUAAGCAAUCUGAGGCCUCAAACCGAGAGCAAUUCAUGGACAAGGAGACUGGCCAAGAAAUGGAAGUCGUUUCCUCAGAGUCGUUCUUGGAAUGGAUCGCCGAAAAGUACAGAGAUUUCGGAACAACAUUAGAGUUUGUCUCGGACAGAUCCAGUGAGGGCAACCAAUUCGUCAAGGGUUUUGGUGGUAUUGGUGGCCUUUUGCGCUACAAGGUCAAUUUUGAACAGUUGGCCGAAGUUGAUGACGAUGAUGACUACUACGACGAUUGACAGUUUGAUGCCCUCGCAUCGGGCGAGGAGCCAACUCCAAUCGAACCGUCAAGCCAAAUUCUGUCACACCGCCCUCGUGCCGUGCAACAGACGACCCCAGCGCAGCCGGCUUCCCCAGCUGGCUUGGGACUACGAGGGAACACAGGGAAUGCCCGUCCCAGCCCUCUCCGGUCAGUCAUGACGGCUUCGUAGGUUGGAGAAACCAUAUUUCAGAAUAUAUGAUUCCGUGAAAACUAGGCGAUACCCUGAUGUUUCUCAUGCGUGUUAAGGUCGAGGAAAGAUUGCGUUUUGGCAGAAUUGCUUGCUAUUAAAGUGUAUAAAAGAUAAUCUGAAGUUCAGUAUCAAUAGAUCAGCCAUGGAUAGAUCAGGUUACCCGAACUCAAAUAUCAGACAGCUUUUAUACUUGAGUUCA